AGGCAGCGCCUUGGACAACAGCAUCUUUGGAGGCCCCCGGCUUGCGGAGGGAGACGUGGCCCCGAGUGGGGCGGUAGCGACGGCGCCACCGCGAAGGAAGUGGGAUACUCGGCGAAUUUGGCGGGAGGUCCCCGGGCUGGCUCCACCAUGUCGAAGGUUUCCUUUAAAAUCACGCUGACGUCGGACCCCCGGCUGCCUUACAAAGUACUUAGUGUUCCUGAAAGUACACCUUUCACAGCAGUCUUAAAGUUUGCGGCAGAGGAAUUUAAAGUUCCUGCAGCAACAAGUGCAAUUAUUACCAAUGAUGGAAUAGGAAUAAAUCCUGCACAGACUGCUGGAAAUGUUUUCCUAAAGCAUGGUUCCGAACUGCGAAUUAUUCCUAGAGAUCGUGUUGGAAGUUGUUAAUACCCGCUACUCGGAACAUAGGAUUACCUUUCCAAAUAAAUAAAUAUUGGUAUCGUCGUGAAAGUGAAAUCAAGCAUUUGAAACACUACGAGAACACCAGUCGUUGAUGAAAUAAUGAAGGGCGACUGUCCCUUCCUGUUAUCCAGACUCUUCCUUUGAGGAGGGGCUGCUUGUGCACAGAGGGCACCAUCUCCACAGAAGAUCAUAGUCUAUCGUUGCUACCUCACAACACACACACGUAGUUCAUUUGGGGUAAAUGGAUUAUCCAGCUGUGUUUUGUAAGUGGUGGAUGCUUCUGAGAACUCUUUCUGAGAACGUUUAGAAAAUUAAAGUUGACUGAAUCUUCCUAUUUGAGUUAAAAACUAAAGGAUUAGGGUUCGUACGUGGCAGUUUGCUUGAUAGCAUCUGACUUGCAGAUUUAAAAAUAGUUGAAUUCUUAAUUGUAUGUGGUUUAUGACAAAGGAUAUAGACAUACCGGUGAAUACUAAGCUAUCUUAACUUUUUAUCAUUUAUGUUUUUUAACUUUUGAACUAUGUCAGAAGUCCCCAAAUUGAAUUUUUUUUUGAUCUAGCCCUUAGGCAUAAAAUUGAUAACCCACACCAAACAAUUUUAACUAUGAUCUCGCAGAAUCCAAUACUUGUAAUGGUAAAAAUUGAGAAUAAAGAAGUGUCCUUUGCUGAGUUAUGUAUCCUUUAUCAGUCUCUUUGAAUACAGCCUUUAAAACAGGAUCCUUUAAGAAACUCUUGUCUUACUGAGGAUGAUAUUUCUAAAUAGCAUUCAGGAAGAGAGUAUUAGAUCUGGAGUUCGUAACAGAGCUCUGGGAAAUGCUAAUUGGAAAUGCUGGUUAUUAUACUUACUAAAGACCCAACAUUUAAGGAAAUGUUUAGUCAUUCAAGUGAAUAAGAAGUCAGGAAGGGAAUCUAGGGGAAGCCCCAGUGACCACUUUCCUAAUAAGGAGGAAAGAACAAAAGACAAGCCGUGAAGGGGAACAGAAGGCUGUAGCAAAUGUCACAGAAAAAGCCACCUGGAUCACAGAGGGUAUGCGGUAGAGUACUGAAGAGGAAAAGAAAAUACUUGAUGUCAGAAGGAGCAAAAGACAAAGUGAGAAAGCAAAGUGUAGGCUGUGUCAACAACAACUUCAGAAUUCCCUUUAUGAUAAGUCAGUAGUGCAAAUCAAUAUCUAUGCAAAUCUUUUAAAAGAUGAAAGGCUCAUAGCGAUUCAGAAACAGUGCUUGGCCUGUGAUAUUCAUGAUGAUGAGCUCUCUGGAGGCAGGCUUUGUGUCUGUCUUGUCUUUUGAGACCUGGAAAUGUAGUAAGCUUUCAAUAAAUAACUUGCUGAGUUACUCAUGAAUAAAGUAUCUCAGACCAGUUUUUAUCUAGGUGUGUUUCAGUUAUCUUUCCUGUCAUAGGCCCUAGGUUUAUUAGAGAAAAAACGUACGAGGAAAUGCAACAGGGUCGCCAUCUCAAGGGUGACAUCAUUAGUUAGGUUUAAGAAAUUAACCAGAUAUUGUCAUAUAUUUAACAAAUGAACGGCAUCAUUCAGAAUUGUAAAGGUAGAAGAAUAUACUUCUAAUGUUUUGGGAGGUUUUUAUUUUUAUAAGUAAAAUUGAUGCUCAAAGACCCCUGGUUCUUAAUAUUAAUAAGCUUCCAUUAACCAGAAAUUUAUGAAUACCCAUUCCCUGAAUUUUUUUUUGUUUAGAUAUCCCUCCAUCCUGUUUCUACAACAAAAUCUGCCUGCUGUGUUACACAAGUUUAUGAUGUCCUGUGCCAUGAAGUAAUUUAAUAUUUUUGUUCUUUGAUUUUGAAAUUUUGUCGUAGUAAGUCUUUAAAUACAUUUUCCUAAGGAUCUGGACAUCUUGUUAUUAAAUAAAUGUGGUCUGUAAGUUCUGUAUGCAGAAUGUUUUGAAGUGUCGUAUUUUGUAAAUGCAUAGUUGGUACAUAACUAAUAUCUUACAAAAAUACAUUUUAUCAUACCAUAAA